GGGAGGAAAGGAAAGGGAAAAAACAGGCCCUGCGUUUCUAGUACACUUUACCAGGACUUCUAUAAAGGCGUUUCUGUUUAGGCGAGCACUUAAAGACGACGACAAAGGUGAUGCUGAAGUCAACAGCCAUGGAUGGGGCAGGGGUGGAUUAAAACAAUUUCAUAAUCCUAGCGAUUUCCCUUUUUUGAUCGGGAUUAUGAAACCAAUCAUGAAUAUCAAAAGCUGCAGCUUAAAUCAGCGACUUGGGACAGAUGCCCUGCAGCUAUGGACACAGCAAGAAUGAAGAGCGGAGGAUUCCUUUUCAUUUAGGGAAAGUCUCUUCCCAUUCUCCUUUCCGGUCAACUUACCGGCUGCUGGGUUUAACUGGAAUGGCUGCAUGACCAAUAUUCAGGUCUUCUGCUGGAUCCAGUCGGUGCAAAACUAUCUCUCGGGUCUUGGAUGGAUUUGGGGAGAAUGCCUUCGCAGGGCUGCAAGCCCCGGACUCAGUUGCGCAGGCUGCAGCCGUGCCCAUUUCCCCGUCAAGGAAAGUGAAGGGCAGCCGGCCGGAGAAGGCCUGGUACCUCACCACCUGGAAGUGGGAGCAUGGAAGGGAAUUUCGCUACUGAAAAGAGAAGGACGCUGAACACCUUGAAGCAAUGUGUCAGAAAUAUUCCUAGAGCGAAACAGCCCGCCGAGAACAUUGAUGAUACAGGGGAGCAUUGUCUCAACGGGCCAUCCUGGGUUCCACUGGGGCUGCUGCGGGAUUCAAGCAAGGGCACUUCUGUUCUGGAGUCCAAAGUUAAAGCUCUGAAAGAGAAGAGGAGUGCCGUCCACAGGCAGGCGGAGGCAGCACCCCAGGAGCGGGCUUCUCCCAAAAAGGCCAAGGCCCGGAAAGGGAAGCCGCUGACGGAGCCUGCUCCUCAGGAUGCUGUGGUGGAACCUCAGGCCCAGAUCCGCACCUACCUGACAGAUGUGCUGCUGGACAGCACUGACUACCCACGUCUCAAGCAGGAGGGAUCUCAAGGGGCAGUACGUACAAGCCUGCUUGUUGACAACUUUGAACCUCUGAAGGGGUCUAAGGCGGCAGAAGAGCCUGCAAGCAUGGGCUGGAGCUCACCCGAGGCAUUCCAGAGGCUUCCAGGAAGCGACAGGAUGGAUAAAAGGGGCUCGUCAGGAAACGCAAAAAGGGCAUCGCAAAAUGGCCUCUGUGGGGCCAGCUCCUUAAAGGACCUUUCCUUCAACCAGAAAUAUUUUGAGGAUGCAAACGGCAGAGAAGAGCACCUGGUUCAUGGUAUGGAUUUUGAAAGCGGUCCUUUUCUCCACAAAGAUGACGCAUGUGGGGCGGGAACAACCGGCCGCCUUUGGCGAACCGAGAGCUGGGACAGUCUCUGCAGCGGUGGAAGCAAUGCCAGCACCCUGUCCCUGGCAGAGAGAGUGGAGAGGAACCGGUCGAUGCUGCAGGAAAUGUUGAGCGCGACGCAGUUUAAUAGCCAUUCUUUGCGGGAGCUGCAUACUCUGCGUCGUCACAAGAAGGAUGGCCCAGGCCGUGGGAGAGAUGGGCCCAGUAACGUCAGAUCAGGCAGCCAGAAAUAUACAAAGGGACCUAAAGAAUACCAAGAGCCCAUUACUUUCUCCCACCCAAAAAGCAGACCAGAGAUUCUGGCAAAUGAUGUAGACUGGGAUUCUGGAGUUUCGUUACAGGAUUCUGAAGGCUACCGGGCCUUUGUUCCCAACCAGGAGCUGGAGCUGAGUCCCAGGCAUGAACAGGCCAAGCAACUGCUGCAGAGAGCUCGCAUGAAGGCCAGGACGAACCCACUCCGAGCAAGCCAUAACAUCCUAUCUACUGCCCCUCAGGAAAGGAGGGAUGGCUGCGGGAUCUCUGCUGCAGACGCAAAGAACUUUGCUCUGAAGGAUGGAGACCCCCACGCCGGCGGCAACCUGAGCGACUCGUCCAGCGGAGAAUCCAGCAGCGAGCAGCAAAGGAAGCGAGGGCCGUCCCCGUCCCGAGUGCGUUUCGAGGAUGAGUCUGCGCGAGACGCCGAGGUCCGCUACUUGGAGCGCCUGCAGCUGCGUCAGAAGCGGGUGUUGGAUUCUGUCCUCCUGUCUCUGGGCCGCGGGCCGCUGGUCUCCAAACCGGACCUUUCGGAUUACAUCAACGGUGAGCUUCACCGCAAAGAGAGCGGCAGCGGCGGCAGCAAACCCGGCUGGGAACAGCAAGGCAGCAGGGGGCGCUCCGAGAAGAGGAAGCCUCUGGUGGUCAACGAGGAAGGCAAGUGCAGCGCAUGUGGGUCUUACGUCAGGAAUCUGGCCGCCAGUCAGAACCCAGAUACAGGAGCAAAGCAGACUGCGAAGAGCGUACAUCAGUCUUGCAACAUCCCCCGAGAGGGCAAGGAGCUAGUUCGGGCCAAUGAAAGCAAAAUGCUCAACGCUACCCAGGAGGACUCGCGAACCAGGGCUUUGGGUCCCAAAGGAACUCCGCUGUGGAUCCUUCCUUCCCGCCAGCGUGUUUACACAGAGCGCAUCAAGGAGACGUACAUAGGGGAAGUGACUUGCAUAGAUGAGGUGGAUUCUGCUCUGGACAGCACCACGGAUACAUCGGACAGCUACAGGACGGACAGCGAGGAGGCUGGUGCCAGCAGCCAACGGUCAGUGGUCAAAAGCUCCCAGCACCGCGGGCCUGGUCCGGAUCCCAGGCCGUUUUCCCCUUCAGAGGGGGAAGCCAAGAACAGGAAGGCCAACGGGGAGAGGCCCAGAGCAGAUGGCAGCUGCCGUGCUCGUGGAGGGGAAAUUGUGCCUCGCAGAGGGGAAAUUGAAUCGAGCGCUAAUCAAGCCAGCGACUCUUCCUUGAAGGGGGCCUCUGAAGUCAGAGAUCAGGUGACCAAAAUGGCAGAAGCCUUUCCCAGAAGCAGCCAGCCGGUAGAUCUGUAUCAACUGGUGAAGAAAGGCAGGAUGCAGGAACAUCCAAAGCUGUCCAAGGCCCCAUUAAAGCAAUCCGCACCCUCCUCCCACCCUCAGCAGUUGCCUUCCCAUCUGGUCCCUGAUGGUGCCGCAGACUCCGUGAACAAGAAGCCGGUGGAAACUUCCAACCGAACUCGUAGGCCAACGAACAAUUUAAGUCAAACCAAGCAAGAGCAGGGCCCUUCCCAGCAGCUAACUGAAGAGAUGAGUGCCGGCUACAACUUUGCUUACCGAGUUCCUGCGCCGCCCACCACUGGAAAAGCCCAUCCUUCCCCUAUGCCUUACAGGAGGGCUGCUCUGAGCGGCAGCCACAAGCUCACUAGCCAGGAUCCUGGGCGGGUGGACCAAGCCAAUGAGCUAUCAAUUUACUCGGCCUCCUCUAAUAGCUUCCAGAAUGUGUGUGUGUCAGGACAGGAGGAGGAGAGUGGCCAGCAGAGUCCAAAGAUGCUCUCCAAGAACCAGCUGCUGGCCUUGUCCACCAACAACUGCAACAACACAUAUGCCAAGCACGAGCCAAAAACCUUAGGGACUGCUACAGUGAAGAGCAGAGAGGAGCAGCCCCAGGAGAGACAGAAGCUGGAAAAAAAUCAAGGUCCCCUGUCUUCCGCCGCCCCUGGUGUUCCCCUUAUUGCUGCCAAUGCCAUCGCUUCUGCUGCCAUUAGUCUCUCGCCAACAAGGGAGGAGACCAACUUGACAACCUCAGCUCAGCCAAUCCGUAGGGAAGCUCCAGCUGCCGAGCCUCCAAAGACAAAGCCAUCGAGUGCAGCCCAGUGCAAACCCUUGGAGAUCUACCCGGAGCCAAAGAAGAAACUGUUUGCCAAGAAAGGUGGCUCCUCUUCCUCCUCUUCUGUAUCAGGACUAAAGAAGUUCUUCAGCACUCUGAGUCAGAGCACCAAGCAGAGGCUGGGGAGGUUCCGCUGCUACAGCAUGGAGCAGAUUUGUGCCCCGGAGCCGGGAGCUGCAGCGCCCACUGAGGAGCCAGGCCCAGGUGCCACCAGCACACCCAAAAUGAAGAAAGCGCCUUCCCUGCAGUCCUUGCAGCUGGUGUCGCCAUUCCGCCAACCAAGAAAAGCCUCUUCUGUUCAAAAUCUGCAUUCCUUACUGGGCAAGGCUGACCGGUCCAGUCUCUAUGCACUGGGGGAACCAAAGGAGGAGGAAGCUGCUCUAAACAGGAACGCAGGUGCCCCACAUCGCCGUUCCCUCAGCGUGGAGGACAUUGGCUCCCCGAACUUGGCGAGAACCGUCGGGCGAGUGGUGGAAGUUUUCCCAGACGGAACAAGCCAGCUGGAAUUGCAGCACCGCCCAGAGGGCAACUUCGGAUUUCGUGUCUCGUCAGGAAAUGGCCGUCCUGACACAGGCAUCUACGUCCAGGAGAUGGCAGAUGCCAGCACAGCUAAACUGUAUGCUGGACUCCUUGGAGUUGGGGACGAAAUCCUGGAGGUGAACGGUGCCAAGGUUGCUGGGCUGGGCCUGGCCCAGAUCAAUGAACUUCUCUUGUGGGCAGACACCCUCUCGGUUAGAGUGCUGAGGCAGAGGCCCGUCCGGCGGUAGCAAAGAAGCGCAACGCUUUCCCUGCACAGUGCAAGGGAGCCUCUCGUGCCUACUGGGCCUGCCUGAGACUUGGAGCAGAGCCCAGCUCAAACCUCUGUACUAAUGCCUUUCUGACUUGAAUGUGGGCUGUGGCACCGCCAGGCCUCUGGAUGAUGCUGCAAUGCAAGCCAGUGCGCGCGCUGAAUGUUUAAUUUAUGCGAAGAUAUGGGUCUCUCUCUUCCCUCCCCCAGCCGCCCCUCUGCAACCAAGGAACAAGAAUUAGCAGGGAGUAUUGGGGCCCUGAGCUGGUUUCCUGCAUAUGCGGGGUGAAGUGACGGGCGUUGCCUUCUCCUCCUUUCCAAAUGCACCCAUGUUUCCUCUAUAAAGUUUGAAGGGUGCUGGGUUGUCUCAAAUUGAUACACUAAGCUUAAAAGACCCUAGGAGAUAUCUAAGGCACAAUUUGACCUCGUUUAUGAGUUUUGCUCCACCUCGUCAUAUUGUGGAUUUGUUCAGCGCGUUGGAGAAAAGCGCGGACAAAAAUCCUAGGAACUGUCAUUUACCCUUCACAGAGCUACAAUUCCCAACACUUAACAAGCUACAGGUAUUCUUUGGGGAAAGUCAUGUGCUUUAAAUGUAUAGCGUGCACACAGCCAGCCACACUGCCAACAAAUAAUCACCUCAGGAAGCGUCCAGGAGUUGAGAAUCCAGUGAAUCUGUUUUGGAUAGCUAUGGAAACAGCAUCCCUCUGUGAAAUAGCAUGUAGCCCUUAUAGGAGGUUUUAGCUUGCCUGGGCAGACCCCCAAUCUCCCUCUGUGCUGUUAACAAGCAUCUUACACCAAAAAUGUAAAUCGCACUGAGAUCUGCGCAUCAGUUGUCCUGUUGGGGAGCUCAGGGUCCCUGUUGAAGAAUCUUCACCCGCCCACCUGCCCUUGCAAACUGUAAUUUCUAAGUUUCUUUACAGAAAGGAUCGUAGAACUUGCUCUUUAAAGAGAGCCCUCAGCACCCUUGCAAAACAUCUGGGUUCUUUAGAGAUUCACAACAGGUUUGAAAUCGCUUCAUGUUGGUGGUGUACAUGUCCCCAAACUGUGGCAGCAGCAAGAGCUGAAUCCUGCUAUCGUGAGCAGCAGCCACACAUUCGCAGUCUGGGAAGCAAAAAGGGUGGAUGGCCUUGGUUUUCUUCUUGCAAGCAGGCCAGAAUCAAGGAUUUGAGGCCCCUGCAGAUUCCAGGGGCCUGUAUUGUUCUGUACGUGGCGGAAUUCUUCCUCAGUAGUCACUAGGCAGCCCUCUCCAACUCUAUAAAAGCUAACCUGGCCCUCAUAUGUUCCUACCCCCUUCAUUUUCAGCCUAUGACAAUGUCCUAGCUCUCAUGGCAUGGUAAACCUGUGUCUGAGCUGUACCAUUUCAGUUUGAGGCUGGGGGCUCACUUGAUUUAAUGUUCCUCCGUACAGAGGAAAUCCCUGCACAUAGAAAACUAGUGUGCUAAAAAAAACCUAGCAUGCUAGUUUUCUACAUGAAGGGAAACUUUUGUUCAGUUCUGUGAUGACCCCCCCCCCACUUUCAUGUCUGAAAUGGCACAGCCCAGAGUUGGGUGCACCCGAAGGAGGCGAAGGUCUGAAUUUGCUGCCAGGGUGAAGAAGAUGUGCCCUCUUGUGUGUGUUGAAACCAUUUUGCUUUCCUACUAGCCCCAAAUACCAGCUUCACCCCUGAGCCUUGCAGCCAAGAGCUGAUUGUGACAGGAGAGGAUUCUCUUACGAUUGUUGUGAGCGCUCCCAUGGGCUGCUCUCGACAGUGCUGGAAAGCCUCUCUACCUUGUUUUACUGUAUUUCUCUGAUUAAAUUAUUUUUUGAGAGAA